AGUGUGUGCUCAGGUAGGAGUUGAAUAGAUGCUGGGGAACUAUUCAAUCUGUAUUGCAGUUUGAUAAAAAGAUCGAAACACAAAAGUACUGCGGUAAGAGUUUCCUAGGCAUUGACAUCUGACGUAUGAUAAAGUAGAGAUGUAAAUAUCGAGUAUGUAAAACCUGUGAGCUUAUACUGUCAAUGGUUUGUACAGUUACAUGUGGAAUACAGCAGUACAACGACCGUUCGUACAAAUUCUUUUAAACAAUUGGCAAGCUGGCACUUCACUGGAAAACUUUAAAAAGACGAGAUAUAUAUAUGGGGCCACUCUCUACAAUGAUGAAGAUAUUGGUGGAGUGCUGCUUCUUUCUCGCAAUACUGAGUUCAAGUCAAGCAAACAUAACAGCUCUGUGCGAUUCGGCGGACAUGUACUGGGAGCUACGAGAAGACAAACAGGUUAAUAUGUUUACCUGUACUGGACUGGCAGCACAAGAUACAGUGCGGUGGGUCCUGCAGGAUCCAACUUUUCGGUACAUUAUACUGGGUUCCUGCCCUCCUCGCUUGAUGGGAGGUGAAGUUGUCUGUGAGUCACAAUUCUCCUAUGCACCACCAAGCCGAAUUUCUGAUAAUACAAGUGUGAUAACAAUUAACACAUCUGGAAUAUCAACAUCAAUACUGGAUGGAAAAGGACGCCUGAUCUGCUCAGUUCCGAAUGUACCCGGUGCUGAAGGAAGCUGUCGCAUGGAUUACAUAUAUCCAGGUGAGAAUAUAUCCUGCUCAGUUCAAGUAAACAAUACCCAGACUGUGUUCGGCCAGUGUACCGUUGGCAAAAUCCGCUCAUCACAGAACAGAUACAGGUGUGAGUGGAUCCAAACCAGAGAGUCGUCAUCUGAAGACAUCCUCAUCGCGAACACAUCGAUGACAGUCGUUCCUUCUCUCAGGAGUUACUUCAGUGGAAGGUGUAACUUCACCAGUCACCUGCCAUCAGAUGGUCUGUACACCUACCGUGUGACUAUUGUUCCCGGAGAAGUGACUGUCAAUGCAACUUUCAUAGGAAGUAGCGAAAUUUUUAAAACAACAGUGACUACUUCAGCAGAAUCAUCAUCAGCAGCAACAACAAAAACAACAACAUUAAAAGCAGAAGCAACAACAAAAGCAGCGGUUACAACAACAGCAGAAACAAGAGAAGAAGAGAUAACAACAUUUGAAACAACAAAACUAACCACAGAAAAUGCAGGAUCAACAACAGAAGGAGCAACAGAAGCAGCUACAACAACAAAAGAAGCAGCAUCAGCAAUACAAAUGAGUAAAGCAGCAUCUACAACAACAGCAGUUAGUGACUAUGCUACUAGGGACAUCAGUGGUACUACAGUUACCAAUACAGUCCUCUUGGGUCAGAGAUGUCAGGAGCGGUGUUCAGCCUGUAAACGUGUGAAAGUGCAGCUCGAACUGGUGAGUGGUCCAGUGAGUUACCCUUCAGACACACAAUCCUUCAGUUUUUCAAAUUCUGGCUACUAAUUUUUUAUGGACCGGAAAAAUCUACUGGACUUGCAAUCCGUUUUACACAACAUUGUCUAUUCAUCUGCCGUUCAAGUGUUCAAUAAGGCCUUUAUUGGUUUACACCUCAUUUCUUCUACCAGCCUGCUUGGACAUAAGUCUAGCUUCAACAUGUAUUUGAUUCUGACAUUGUUGAUGCUUGUUUGAUAUUAUUGAUUAGUUUAUUAUUUAAAAAUAUUUUUCGCUUUGCUUGUGCGUGUGCGUGCGAGUGUUCGCGUAGGUGCAUGCUCCCUGGCAAGAAAACAAAAACAAAACAAAAAAAAAAAAAAAGAAACAAUUAACAUUAAACUUUUUUAAUGAUAGUGGCGGUUGCGAUUGUGGUGGUUGUGGUGGUGAUGAUGGUGAUGAUGAUGAUCUAUAAUCGCAGCUGCUUGUCAAGGAUAAGCUUUAAAUGCUGGCUACUCACAUUUUAUUUUUACAGUCAUACAUGUUCAGAUAAAUACAGUUGUCAAUUGAUUAACACUUUUUUAAGUACUUCAACAAAUACUUUUAAAAUAUGUUUUAUUGCAAAGCAUCAAUAAAGAAUGUGACUCAG